AUGCAGCUGUGCAAAGGCCGGAUGCUGGGCAUCUCAGUGGCCAUCGCCCAUGGGGUCUUCUCCGGCUCCCUCAACAUCCUGCUCAAGUUUCUCAUCAGCCGCUAUCACUUCGCCUUCCUGACCCUGGUGCAGUGCAUGACCAGCUCCACUGCUGCCCUCAGCUUGGAGCUGCUGCGGCGCCUGGGACUUGUCUCUGUGCCUCCCUUCAGCCUGAGCCUGGCGCGCCCCUUCGCCGGGGUCACCGUGCUAUCCACGUUGCAGUCCAGCCUCACCCUCUGGUCCCUUCGGGGCCUCAGUUUGCCCAUGUAUGUGGUCUUCAAGCGCUGCCUGCCCCUGGUCACUAUGCUCAUCGGUGUCCUAGUGCUCAAGAACGGGGCGCCCUCGCCCGGGGUCCUAGUGGCUGUACUCAUCACCACAUGCGGGGCAGCCCUGGCAGGAGCUGGUGAUCUAACUGGGGACCCCAUUGGGUACGUGACAGGUGUCUUGGCAGUAUUAGUUCAUGCUGCUUAUCUUGUGCUUAUUCAGAAGACCAGUGCAGACUCCGAGCACGGAGCCCUCACAGCCCAGUAUGCCAUUGCCGUCUCUGCCACACCUCUACUCAUCAUUUGCUCCUUUGCCAGCAUGGACUCUAUCAAUGCUUGGGCCUUCCCAGGAUGGAAAGAUCCAUCCAUGGUGUGCAUCUUUGUAGCCUGUAUCUUGAUUGGCUGUGCCAUGAACUUUACUACACUCCACUGUACUUAUAUUAACUCUGCUGUGACCACUAGUUUUGUUGGAGUGGUGAAAAGUAUAGCCACCAUCACAGUGGGCAUGGUGGCCUUCAGUGAUGUGGAGCCUACUUCUCUGUUCAUAGCAGGUGUGGUGGUGAACACUUUUGGCUCUCUAAUUUAUUGUGUGGCCAAAUUCAUCGAGACCAGAAAGCAAAGCAGUUAUGAGGACCUGGAGAAAGACCAGAGGGAAGAUGUGCUGGAGACAAAUGGAGCUCAACCGCCAUUUGUUAUGGAGGCCUUGCCCAAAGGAAAUGGGGAAAUGGGAGGAGAGAAGACAGCCAGUGGGAUCUCUCAGCCCUGUACUGACAAGUCUAAACAUGGUGCUGUGGAAACAGCACAGGGCUCCACCAGCUGCCAGGAAGCAGAAGGAGUUAACAAGAACUCAUUAAAGGAUGCUUACCUUGGAGUAUGGAGAUUGGUUAGAGGGACUAAAUAUAUGAAGAAAGAUUAUUUGCUAGAAAAUGAGGAACUAUCCAGUCCCUGA